AAGCUUCCACGAUUCCACACCUCUUCGCAGUAUCUUCUUCUUCGUCUUCUCUCAUAACCCUAGGAGUUCUUUUCACAGUCUCUUCGCAGAUCCACCGUUGUUUGUCGCGUACUCGGCGUUUGCUUGCCGUCGUUUCACCGUUUAGUCGGCGCCGCUCCUCCAUGACGAACCCACCAGUCCCACCACCGAACUUCAAUCGUAAUGCAUUAUCAUUCAAAUGCAUAUUAAUCAUGUUCUUUUUCCAUGUAUAUAAGACUGUUGAAAAUGGUGGAGUCGAGCCUAAUAUGCUGGCUUUCAUUGAGGAUGUUUAUAAAAGUAAGAAAACUGGCAAGAUUGUCUACAAGAAGGCUAAGCAGAUUGUGGAGACUUUAAAAGAACAGGUGAAUGACCUCCAAUCUAAAGAGCCACUUGAAGAUGGAUUGGUUCAGCCUCUCUCUUGUCCUGAGAUAAACGAUUUGGUUCGCAAGGCAAUACCCAAAAAAAAGGUAAUCGAUUUGGAUUUGGAUCUAUCCCAGAUCAUGAAGAGUUAGAUGUUACUGAGAAGCUUCUCAACAAAUUUCCAGACUGUCGUCCAGCUGAAGAAGAAGAUGAUGAUGAAACUCAAAAUUAAAGUGUUUUAGUUUGGCUGGUUUUUUUGUUGUAUUAGUUACGGUUAAUAUAAGAAUCUAUUAAUGUGGUUUAAUUGACAAUAACUUCUAUUUAUA